AUAUGGGCCUCAAUUCUACUCAUAUUGAUGGUUACUUCGGUGAUGUGCUUCUGCCUUUCCACUCACAUCGCCUUUCGCGAGAAAAGCUGGCUGGAUCUGGUUGUUAAUACGAGUCUCAAGUGUCAGCCUCAGGAGGUGGCACGCAAUCCUAAGCUGUAUCAGGACUGCACCACUCUACCGAAUAGAACUCUUGUCAAGCUGGACAUUGUGCUAAAUCUUCUCUUUACAGUGGAAUUUCUUUUGAAGAUCUUACUGGCCCCGGAUAAGCGUAAAUUUCUGUGCAAUCUCGUCUCCCUACUGGAUGCCCUGAUUCUGGGUGCAUUUUGGGCCUACCAGAUAACCUAUUAUUUCAGUUACGUGCAUACCAAAGGCCGUCACAUUCGAGAAGGCAAUGAGUCUGUACCCUGGCUGUUGAAUGUCCUCUCCACGGUGCAGGCGCUGCGUAUGUUGCGAAUCUUCAAGAUCUCCAAAAUCUCCAGAGGUCUGCGUGUACUAAUACUCACAGUGAAGAAGAGCAUUCCUGAGCUGGUUUUGCUCGGUUUCCUUCUGAUGAACGGCAUGUUCAUGUUUUCGUCAAUGAUUUAUAUGGCCGAGUAUAGUGUAAACGAUACGUUCCGUGACAUUCCAGAAGCAUUUUGGUGGUCCUUAAUCACGUUGACGACAGUCGGCUACGGUGACGCGUAUCCAAAGGGUGGCUGGGGCUACUUGGUAGGGUCAAUAGCUGCCAUUUCCGGCUGCGUCGUCACGGGUCUGGCCAUACCGAUUAUUGGAAAUAACUUCAACACCUACUACAAGUACAUGCAAAAUCAGCUGAAGGAGGACAAGUACUUGCGUCAAUUGUGCCGUGAUUUCAAAGAGACUGCGGCUGCGGCGGCCGCCGUCGCCGCGACAACAGCCGCAAAUGUUGCCACCGGCACGAGGGCCACAUCGGAUCGCGGUGGCAGCGAUGCUGGUUCGAGGUGUCCAGGUGACUCCGACGAGCCGUGCGCCUUGCCAACAGAUCGUCGCUACCUACAACUUCGCAGUGACCUGAAGACGACCAGCAUUUCUGCCGAGUAUCUGCAUCUGCCCGGUGGUAUGCAAUCCACUGUGGCCGUAAACAAUGGCGACAGAGCCGGUGGUGGAGCCGGUGACAAACGGUCUCGAGAGACUGGCGCCUCGAAACUGGCAAGAGAAUACCAAACCGGAAAGUCUGCAAGUCGCAUUCUCUCCGACCGGCAGAUACCCUCGACUUUAGCUCCUGCGAACAGGAACAACAGUGUUAUCAGUCGCCAACAGGACCAAGAAGCUAAGGAGCCCGAGUUGGAGGACACCGGUCUGCCAGUAAAGGCGUUGACACUUGCUAUUCCCUCUACUAAUAAUAAUAUUAUUCAUAUUCGUAGCACCAAAAAUAGUAUUAUUAAUGCCAUUUCAAGCUCAUCCACGUCCUGGCUGCGGCGAGCCGACUCAGGCCAGACCGAUGAGCGGACCGUUUUGUCCGCUCAUGGCGCAGAACUGGCCUGUGGUACAGAAAAACUGUCUUCCCCCUCCUAUUCUCAGCCAAAGUGUCCCGCUCCCCCUGAACCCAUGGAGACAGUGUUGCCAUGGAAACAGAUGGGACGUGAAGAUGGUGGCAAUCUGCUUCAGGAGAAGAGGGACGAAAGUGAGGAGAGUGAGGAGAAGCACAGUCGAGGAGAACCCCUGCAUCUCUGCCAUAGCACCGAAGACAGCCAGCCUUACUACAGCCUUCCCACCCCCACCUGCAACAUGUCCGACUCGAAUGGAUCCAUUGUUCAGCUGGUCGCCAGUCCCGACCAGGCCUCCGUGUCUGAGAGGCCAGCCAAACCGGGCACGAAAGCAAUGGCAGCAGCAGCAGCAGCGGCAGCGGCAGCGAAAACGGCAGCGAUGACUUCACAAGCCUCGAAGAACUUGAAGCAAUCCUCUUCUCACGAUCAGAAGCCCUGCCCGAUUGAGGGUCAGUUCCGUUCCAGCCUCGUGCCAACCGACGAAAUGAAGCCGCCUCUUCCAGACCUGUCCUGCUCGGACGUCUCAGUGGGACAGGGCGGAAGCAGCUCUUUGACGGUCGGUGCCGACAGUGUGCUGGCCCUCUCGACGACGACAGGCCUGACCCGAAGAGCCUAUCUGGCCAGUUCGAAGCCCGGAUUUCAGCUUCUCACCCAAACACCGCCGAACACUGCUGCGGAAUUAGUCACCUCGCUUGGCUUCAAAUGA